GGCUUCUCCGGGGCCUGCACAGCCUCUGGCCCGCCGGGCAGAGUCCUCCUUGGAGCCGCGGCCCCAGAAGUCAGCCCCGCGGGCGGAGCGCGGCACCGCGUGACCUGCAGCCACAUGACCCACGCGGGGCGGGGCCGCCAGCGCAGUCGCUGCAUCAGCCGCGGGAGGCGUCCGCGACAAGAUGAAGCUCAUCAUCCUGGACCACUAUUCUCAGGCCAGUGAGUGGGCAGCCAAAUACAUCAGGAACCGCAUCAUCCAGUUUAACCCAGGGCCAGACAAGUACUUCACUCUGGGGCUCCCAACUGGGAGCACCCCACUUGGCUGCUACAAGAAGCUGAUUGAAUACUACAAGAACGGAGACCUGUCCUUCAAAUAUGUGAAGACUUUCAACAUGGACGAGUAUGUGGGCCUUCCUCGAGACCACCCGGAGAGCUACCACUCCUUCAUGUGGAACAACUUCUUCAAGCACAUUGACAUCCACCCAGAAAACACCCACAUCCUGGAUGGGAAUGCAGCUGACCUGCAGGCUGAGUGUGAUGCCUUUGAAGAGAAGAUCAAGGCUGCGGGUGGGAUUGAGCUGUUUGUCGGAGGCAUCGGCCCUGACGGACACAUUGCCUUCAACGAGCCGGGGUCCAGUCUGGUGUCCAGGACCCGUGUGAAGACGCUGGCCAUGGACACCAUCCUGGCCAAUGCUAGGUUCUUCGAUGGAGAUCUCGCCAAGGUGCCCACCAUGGCCCUGACGGUGGGUGUGGGCACUGUCAUGGAUGCUAGAGAGGUGAUGAUCCUCAUCACGGGUGCUCACAAGGCGUUUGCUCUAUACAAGGCCAUCGAGGAGGGAGUGAACCACAUGUGGACCGUGUCUGCCUUCCAGCAGCAUCCCCGCACGGUGUUUGUGUGCGACGAGGAUGCCACCCUGGAGUUGAAAGUGAAGACCGUCAAGUAUUUCAAAGGUUUAAUGCUUGUUCAUAACAAGUUGGUGGACCUGUACAGUAUCAAAGAGAAAGAAACAGAGAAAAGCCAGUCUUCUAAGAAACCAUACAGUGAUAGCCUGUGCUAAUCCUAGUGUCAAGUACCUCAUUGGGGACAGGCAGGUCUUUCUGGAAACUGUCUUUAGGAGGACAGAUAGAAUUGUAUUUCUUUAAUCUAGUACGGUUACUCCAGAUAAGUGGGUGAACUUACUAUUCUUGGCUAUGCAGUGUGGAGCCUAGUCAUGGAGUUAGCUACUUGUUUGUAACUUACUGUAAUCAGAAAAAAAAAAAUCUCUCCAUAAUUUUGAUGUCGGCCCGACUAGGGGUUUUUAGCUUUUUGUUCUGUCUCUGA